GUUGCAACGGAGAAAUCAUCCAGUCUUGUCUGCUUCAUCCAACAGCAAUCAUCAAAGACUCUUCUCUCCUCUUUUUCUCAAAAGAAAAAAUGGCAUCCAAAAUGUUGAUGUUGUUGGCUGUGUUGGUCGCUCUGCUGGUGAUCAGCGAAGCUCGUCCAGGAGCCAUGAAAGGUAUUCCAGGUGGACUCCCAGGUGGAUUUCCAGGUGGACUUCCAACACGUACGAUAAAUAUGCCGAUCAUGCCAGCCGGAACCUUCGGACCCAUGCCUCCAUCUCCGGACGCUGGAUUUCCGUUAGACGAUGAACCAGACCCACUGGAAUCUUUGGUCAGCGAUCCUUUUGGCUCCGUGGGCAAACUUCUCGGCGGUGGUGGCGGCGGCGGCGGAAAGAAACUGCUCAUCAUCGGAUAGAAAAAAACCAACUCAACUAAAAAAAUUGGCGCUGCUGGUCCGCAUCGAUUUACAAUUUUUGUUUCUUGAUGUCUUUUAAUAACAAAUAAACAUUUUUAAAAAUCAAACGAA